UAUAGUGAGCCAUAGUGCACCGCUUCAUUAAUCAUUUCUAUCCCAAACAACGCUGCAUGUGCCUCGGUUGGUUCUGUAUAUCCUCUCUGCCUUUCUGAAUUUUCCCUCACAGUUGCGGAGAUGGCAAGUCAGUGCUGGCCUUCUGAUGCAGAGCAGCUAGAUGAAAUGAAAGAGAGGGUUUCCAAAAUGGCAAAUGUGAAUAAAGAGGAAGUUCGAGUUGUGGUAUCUCCCUAUCGAAUUUGUCCUUUGGGGGCACACAUAGAUCAUCAGGGUGGAACCGUUUCAGCUAUGACUCUCGAUCGGGGAAUACUUUUGGGGUUUGCUCUUUCAGGCAGUAAUCAGGUUGUAAUUCAUUCUGGACAGUUUCAGGGAGAAGUUAAGUUCAGAGUUGACGAGAUUCAACAGCCAAAACAAAUCAGUAAGAUAAAAGACAAGAGUUUGGAUAAAGUUUCUUCUGAGAUACAGGAACAAUGUAACUGGGGGUGCUAUGCAAGAGGAGCUGUAUAUGCACUACAGAGUAGAGGAAACAAUCUUUCUAAGGGUAUUGUAGGAUACAUACGUGGUGCUGAAGGUCUGGACAGCUCGGGCUUAAGCUCUUCUGCUGCAGUUGGAGUUGCUUACCUCUUGGCUUUGGAAUAUGCAAAUGAUUUAGUAAUAUCUCCCACAGAAAAUAUUGAAUAUGACAGGUUGAUUGAGAAUGAAUAUUUGGGUCUGAAAAAUGGCAUAAUGGACCAAUCAGCUAUAUUACUUUCAAGCCAUGAUUGUUUGAUGUGCAUGAAUUGCAAGACCAAAGAUUAUAAGCUUGUUUACCGACCAAAGGUUCUAGAAUACAAAGAGAGUGAACAACCGAAAGCAACCAGAAUAUUGUUGGCACUUUCGGGGUUGAAGCAAGCUUUGACAAGUAACCCCGGGUAUAACAAGCGAGUUGCAGAGUGUCGAGAGGCUGCACAAAUUCUUCUUGAAGCAUCUGGAGAUUACAAAGCAGAGCCUAUCCUAUCUAAUGUUGAACCAGAAGUAUACGAGGCCCACAAGCACAAAUUAGAAGCCAAUCUAGCCAAAAGAGCAGAACAUUACUUCUCAGAGAAUAUGCGUGUUAUGAAAGGAGUUGAGGCUUGGGCAAUGGGCAAGUUAAAAGAUUUCGGAAUGCUUAUAACGGAUUCUGGUCGAAGUUCCAUUCAAAAUUAUGAAUGUGGUUCUGAACCACUGAUUCAAUUGUAUGAGAUCCUUGUGAGGGCUCCCGGUGUAUUUGGAGCGCGCUUCAGUGGUGCUGGGUUUAGAGGGUGUUGCCUUGCAUUUGUGGAGGCUCAUCUUGCAUCUGAAGCUGCAUCAUUUGUCAGGAAAGAAUAUCUCAAGGUUCAGCCCGAGUUAGCAAGCCAGAUAAGCAAUGAGUCAGCAGUUUUAAUAUGUGAAUCUGGUGAUUGUGCACGUGUAUUAUAAACAGCAUUUUUGCCGUUAAUACCCCUACUUCAUCAUUCUUGUAAUAGCAAUCUUACCUGUAAUCUUAGGUUCAAUCUUCAAAAUACUCCUAUUUCAUUAUUCUUAUACACUUGUAAUCUUAGGGUGCCACCCUGAUUGCAAUCUUAGGUUCAAUCCUUGCGGACAAUCUUAGAUUCGAUCAUCAUCUGUACUUUUUUCUGUUAAUAAAAAAAAAAUCUUAUAAUACAAAUCUCAUUCGUUCUCAACUGUCAA